UAAAACUAUUGUAAUUAUCUUAUGUCAAGAUAUAUUGGAAGAAAAUAUUAAUGAAUACAAGAGUGAAUUUGACUAGUGUACAAUCAACUCAAUUCGACAUGGCCGUCUUCAUGAUUAACAUCUGUAAAUUCAACGGCUGUGGCAUAACAUUUCCACGCCUGGCAGACCUAAUAGAGCAUAUCGAAGAUGUUCAUAUUGAUUACGAUCCUGCAGUUGUGGAGCAAAAAGAAGCUUCUCAGCCGUCAUGCAUUCCAUUAAGUUACGUUUUAAAAUUUUUCACGGAAGCCUCGCGCCGGGAAUUUCAAAUGACGCCGGUGGCGGAAGCCCGCAAGCGCCUCCUCUCGGCACCAAAGACACCAUCAGUGCGCAGCAGUACACCAACAGGUAGCGAAAUGGACGACGAGGAGGUGAUGAGCCCGUCUGAAGAUAGCAACGAUUCCUGGACCAACGUCGAAGAGUACAGCUCUGAGUACAUUUUACAGUAUGGAGUGAAGAUGAACGCAAGUGCAAGCUCUGGUGCGUUGGGUCCGGCCGCGCAAGAGAAACCAUUUGCUUGCCCAGUACCGGGAUGCAAGAAACGGUACAAGAACGUUAAUGGUAUUAAAUAUCACUCCAAAAAUGGACAUAAGAAAGACGGCAAGGUAAGAAAGGCGUACAAAUGCCACUGCGGCAAAAGCUACAAAACGGCGCAAGGCCUUAAAACCCACUCGAUAUGCCAUCACGUGAGUCCUUCUACCUCAACCAAUGACAGAGUCCACGUCAAAAUGCCGGGCUUAGUUGUCACAGCCUCACCCGCCCAAAGACAACUCAAUAUUAUAGAUAACAUAGACACAAACAAAUUGGUACGCAUCUACGACAGUAUUAAAACAAAAGAUCUACCCGCAUUCACGAUCCCGAAACAGAAUUUAACAAAUUUAAAUAUUAUCAACCACAACCACAUACGGCAUUCGGUUCUUCUGACACCAAAUGCGGAAAAAAUUAAGUUUGAGAGGAAACCUCAGCCGAAAGUGACGGUCACCUCUCAAGAUUCUUUUAACGAAAUAUCUUUGAGUAACGAACGCCGAGGUUAGUUUUUUUUACUAUAACAACAACGUUCCUAAAAUACGACCAAAUCACAUUUCAUUUAGUUGGCAUUACUGGCUUUGCGAUUGUUGCCAGCUAAGACAUAGACUGCGGUCAUUUGUCUAGGUUAAUAGCUUAAUUUUUUUUAUUAAGUUUUUUGUUUGCUUAAGGAUUUAUCGGCGGAAGUAUUGCAUUAUUUAUAUCAUUUGAUGUGUAAGAACUAACUUUAAAUUCACAUCCAUUUUAACAGGGUACAAAAUGUAUAGUCGAUAUAGUCUGUAUAGUCGCGCUGUUUAUUAACAUAUUAAGAGCUGACAAAAUUGUCGAAAAUAUAUUUCCGAAAUAGCGCGAUUUUAUAGAAGAAAGAUUAUACCAAAAAAAAUAUCACAAUAAUUACCCCUUGUGCCAUUGUGUACUUAAUAUUUUUCGUGUAAAGUGCUUUAAAUUCAAGUAAAUAAUAACGUAUACUGACCUUUGAUCAAAAUUAUCGUUGCCAUUAAGCGUUCUAAUUUUGACAGAUGCGUCAGCUUUAGAACAUAACAUGUAAUGUUUAAAAAAAUAAAAAAAAAGGAAAAAAUGGCAUUUGAUCUUAAAUAUCAUCUAGGAUUAUAGAUAUACUCUUAAAUGUGAUAAUAAUUAUAGAAAAACCAUAAAAAAAGCUUGUAAGCGUAUGUAUACCUAAGUAUUUAUAAAUAGUGAAUAAGGCUGAACUAUUUGGUGUUUAGAAUUGAAGUCUGUUCUUUUGUGUGAAAUAUUUGUGGGUAGUUUGAAAUCUCAAUUUUAACGUAUGUGUGAUAUUAGUCGUGUUAAUGUAGAAAAAUAAUUUAUUUUAGUUUUUAAAUGUCUGAAGGUUAAAAAAAGCAGCUAUUUUCAUUAAUUUGGUUUCAAAGUUGCAGGUCAACUAUAGAUUUUUUUAAUACUUGUAACUCGGUUUUUUUUUAGAACUAAGGCAAAUAACCCAAAGAUCAGACUUCUUAUACAUAGUUAUAAUAUUGAUGUGAUUCGUGCCUUUUUUAUUUUCGAUGCUGUUCUAUGUUUACCUCGAAAUAUUUUAUCGAAAUUCCCAGCACUGCACCUUACUCUGCUAUGUGAAUGAAGUUUUAAUCAUACUGGUUACGAAUAGCUGAAUUUAGGAGCGUUUUUAUUUAGUUUUAGGGCGGUGGCAAUACUAACCACUGAAAAUAUAAAGUUCAGAAGUGUUUUUGAUCGUUUUUUGCUGAUAACUUCGAUAUGCCUUUCAAAUAUUGCGAUUAAUUUAAAUAUAUGUGUGGCUCAAAUUUCAAUUGGGGCACAUUGACCUUCUAUUUUUUUUCAUACUUACAUCCAGUCAAUUCAAUUGUAUGGCUUUAUAACCAUCACAGAUAGCAGAGUUGGGUGCCAGUUUUGACAGCUGACAAAAGAGUUUUGGAAUGUUAAGGUGCUAUCGUAAACAUAGUUUCAGAUAGAUCUGUCUUCGUAGUAGAAGAAACAUAGUUUCAAGUCUUGGAAUUAUUUGUCCUUCAGUCCAAAGAUGGUAUUUAUUUGUUGUACCUACCUGUCCUGUAUAUGAAAGUAGCAAUUUUAUAUAAAUUUUAACAACUACAUAAUAAUAUUAUCUUAGUUUUAUUAUAGUUCGGCCACUCAUGAGGCUGUGGUAAUAUAUAAAAGUUGCUAAUGAAAGUUAAAGAUACCUAUUUUGUGUGUGCAUCUGAUUUUUACAUUCUCACUUUAUAAUUGGUAUUAUUCGUUACCAUUUAGUCAUUAUAUUUAUCAUUAAGACUGAUAGUUUUUUUUAAUGGCAACCCCGUUGUACCGAAUGGGAUUCGGAUUCGGAGUUGCCUUACAUUUCGUUUGUGUUAGCUGUAAGACAAAGACAUUAAAAAGGCUCAUUUGAUUAAUUAUUUAUUAUAUUUAAAGAAAAGAUUAGAUACACAAAAGCCAGCCCAAAAGAGCCGGUUCGUAAUUUGGCCAAACUGUACGAAGCUUAGAAAGACCUCCUUUGGUUGGAAUUUAUGUAUUUGAUUCAUAGAAAAUAAUUAUAUUAAUAGGGGAGCCUCGAUAUAGUAUUUAACUUAUGCCACAGAUUCGUUUAUAAACUUAUUUAAAACAUUUGUUACAAUAAAACUUAUUUAUUUUCCGCUUGAAACGAAACUGACGUGAUCGGGCUGUUACUAGCCAAAAUUUGGAGAGAUUAAAAAAAAAGGUUUCAAUUAUAGAACAUAAAUUUUAUUGAAUUUCGUCUAUUUCUUGCUUAAAUCUAGUCUUUUUAUAGUAUUUCUGAGAUACUUGUAUACCAAAGCCAACAGUUUCGUUAUAAUUUAUUUGCCUUUUAAGGUUGUGAAAAAUCAAAUUUGAUGAGUUAUUGAUUCUCAACAGCUGUGCCUCAUGACUGUCCUAAAAUCUGCGUAUUUGAACAUUUUCAGAAAUUUUAUUGUUAUUAACAGUUGAGUAUAAAGAAAUAAUUUUAAAUGAGACGCAAUAUUGGUUUUCUUUAUCUAUGGCAAGAUUUUAUAUUUUAAAAUAUUUUUCAGCAGAUGUGAUCUAGUAUCGCAUUAUAAACUUGUUUUAAAAAUAGUUUUUAUGUACGGCACUUUAAAUUUUUUUUUGCCUUGUGGCAUCUUGGCCGGAUAGAGCUUAUUGAUCAAUUUAAUAUGGUAUUUGUGAUUCUCGAUCUCUUUGUCUCUGUCAUUUGACUUUGACAGGUCAUAAUUAAAGCAUACAUUGAUUUAUUCUUUCUAAUAUGUCAAACAAGACAACUACAAAUAACUUCAAGUAGGAUCAUUAAUAGUUUAUAAUAUAAAAGUGCGUUUUAGUUGAAUUAUUUAUUAUUUUACUAUAGUUGUUAGCGUGUAAAAUUUUUAUUUAAAAUAUUGUUUUUGUUAAAUUCCAAUGUGUAAAAGGUUUUUUUUUAAAUUAUUAUAAUUUCUAAAUUAAAUGGUUUUAGUAUGUGGCUUACUGAGAUUAAUUGUAUGUCUCAUACAAAAUAAGUUAUGUUUCUUGAGAUUACAGGUCGGAUCGACCAAAUUUGAGAUGUUAAACGCUGUUUAUGUACGUUUUCAUACAUUAACGAAUUACAUGUUUUGAUUAAUAAACUCAUACCGCAAU